AUGGCCCAGGCAGCGCACUCUUCAAUCUCAGGGAGUGAUACUGGAGAAAAUGCGGGAGUAUCGUCUUCGGAGGGAGGCAGUGAGACACCGGGGACAGGAGGACAAGGCAACCCGGUGUGCCUCAUUGUCCUGGGCAUGGCGGGCUCCGGGAAAACCACUUUUGUUCAGAGACUGACUGCUCAUCUUCACACACAAAAAGCUCCACCGUAUGUCAUCAAUCUAGACCCUGCAGUUCAUGAAGUACCAUUCCCGGCCAACAUCGACAUCAGGGACACUGUCAACUACAAGGAGGUGAUGAAGCAGUACGGACUGGGACCAAACGGGGGCAUUGUCACGUCUCUUAACCUCUUUGCUACAAGGUUUGAUCAGGUCAUGCAGUUUAUUGAGAAGAAAAAAAACAACCACAGAUUUGUGCUGAUCGACACACCGGGUCAGAUUGAAGUGUUCACAUGGUCAGCAUCUGGCACCAUCAUCACGGAGGCUCUGGCCUCAUCGUUUCCCUGUGUGGUGGUCUACGUCAUGGACACGUCUCGAUGUGUCAGCCCCGUCACGUUUAUGUCCAACAUGCUAUAUGCCUGCAGCAUCCUCUACAAGACCAGACUCCCCUUCAUCGUGGUUUUGAAUAAGACCGACAUCAUCGACCACAGCUUUGCCGUGGAGUGGAUGCAGGACUUUGAGGUUUUCCAGGACGCGCUGAACCAAGAGACUUCGUAUGUGAGCAACUUGACCCGCUCCAUGAGUCUGGUCCUGGAUGAGUUCUACACCAGCCUGAGGGUGGUGGGCGUGUCCGCGGUCACAGGGAGUGGUCUGGAUCAGCUCUUUGUCCAAGUGGAGGAGGCUGCCAAGGAGUAUGAGAGAGAAUACCGUCCUGAGUACGAGCGGCUGCGCUCAGAGCUGGCCCAGGCUCAGAGCCAGAAGCAGCAGGAGCAGCUGGAGCGUCUGAGGAAGGACCUGGGAGAGGUCAAAGUCAGCACUGCAGCCUCCACAGAGGAGGUGCAGCUGGACGCUGGACCCAGCGACCUGAUCCUGACCCGAGGGCAAUGUGACGAGGACGAGGAGGAGCCGCUGGACAGUGACACGGACGACCUGGAUCACACUGCCACCGAGGAAAGCAAGGAGACAGAAUCCUUUGGAAACUUCAUAAAGAACAGGAUGGAAGUGGUGCAAGUGCGGAACAAGAAGAGUGCGCCGCCAGACGGUUAG